UCUUACUUUGCCUCCACCUCGGCCCCCCCCCCCCCUCUCUCUCUCUCUCUCUCUGCAGCUAAGCUUUUCCUUUUCUAGGGUUUUCUUUCUUUCCCUCUCGUGUUAUUACCUAUCGAGGAAAGAUGCAGCCCGCUGGGACAGGCAUGGCGCCACCGCCGCCGAUGGAACCCCACCAGCAGCAGCAGCAGCCGUCUCUUGCCCAAUACCAGCAAUACCAGCAGCAGCAGCAGCAGCAGGCCCCUCACCCUUACAUGAUGAUGCCCCCCCAACAGGCCCCUCAGAUGUGGCCCCCCCAACAGCAGCAGGCUCAGGUUCAGCCUCCUCCAGCGACCUCGUCCUCUCUCUCUGCCGCCCAGCUGGGUCAGGCCGAAGAGGUCCGGACCCUCUGGAUCGGUGACCUCCAGUACUGGAUGGACGAGAACUAUCUGGCCAGCUGCUUCGCUUCCACCGGAGAGGUGGCCUCUCUAAAAGUUAUUCGGAGCAAGCACACCAUGCAGUCAGAAGGUUACGGGUUUAUCGAGUUCUAUACCCGUGCUGCAGCUGAAAGAGUAUUACAGACAUUAAAUGGGACCAUCAUGCCCCAUGGAGGGCAGAGCUUCCGACUGAACUGGGCUAGUGCUGGGGAGAAGCGCACGGAUGACUCCCCCGACUACACGAUAUUUGUUGGGGACUUAGCUUCAGAUGUUACAGAUUACAUGCUUCAGGAGAUGUUCCGAGGUCGCUAUCCUUCAGUUAAGGGUGCAAAAGUAGUCAUGGACAGGCUCACUGGGCGCACCAAGGGUUAUGGUUUUGUUAAGUUUACGGAUGAGAGUGAACAAGUUCGAGCUAUGAGCGAGAUGAAUGGAGUCUUCCUUUCAACAAGGCCAAUGAGAAUUGGACUUGCCACAAAUAAGAAGGCUGCAACGGGGCAGCAAUACAAUACAAAAGCUUCAUAUCAGAGUACCCAGGCCUCUCAAGUUGAGACUGAUCCUAAUAAUAAAACCGUAUUUGUGGGUGGUUUGGAUCUUAAUGUUAAUGAUGAUCACUUGAGGCAAGUUUUUGGCCAAUAUGGGGAGAUAGUGACAGUGAAGAUUCCACCUGGGAAGCGAUGUGGAUUUGUUCAAUUUGCUGACAGAAGCUGCGCGGAGGAAGCGAUGCGGAUGCUAAAUGGGACCCAAUUGGGUGGACAAAGCAUUAGACUCUCGUGGGGCCGAAGUCCUUCAAACAAACAGCCUCAGCAAGAUCAGAGCCAAUGGAAUGGGGGAUACUAUGGUUAUACGCCUGGUUACGAGAACUACGGGUAUGCUGCUGCUGCUGCCGCUGCUGCAGCUCCUCAGGAUGCGAACAUGUACUACGGAGGCUAUGGAGGAGGAUACCCGAAUUAUCAGCAGCAGCCACCUCCACAGCAGCAGCCACCACAGCAGCAGCAGGUUGGUUACAGUUGAGUCGGCUCCUUGCUGAGCUUUUGCUGCCAGGAUAUGCUGAGUCAUGGUACUGGCAUUGUGUGGUGUUUGGUGGCGCUGCUGCCCUUUUUGUCCCCUUAUUAUGGAUCCUUUGUCCGGAAUGCAUACUUAAGAUUCUCUUUUUUAGUCUUGUUGAGGAUGUGCACGAGUCCGCACUCGACAUAAAGAUACUUAUCUUUGACCUGAUAUCGACCAAUGUGGCUGUACUGCUCUUUUCUUAUGCUAUUGCUUUCCUGAUGGCCAGUGUUCUUAUCACA